AUGAUUGAUUUAGAGAGAGCAGUGGGAGGAGCUAAAGGUAUUACAGAGCUCUAUGAAUUUUCACAAACAAAUCAAGUUGCUAUUAUACAAUUCACGGUCGAAAAUAAUGUUAAACCACAAAUUUUGAUAAAUCAACAAGAAAGUUCGAUAUAUGUUAUUUCCGGUGAAAAUGAUGUUAUUAUUUCGGGACUUACAUACGGAAAAUUCUACAAAUUUGAAACGACUGUCGAAAAUAAUAAAUACAUAAUCAAAUUAACGAAAGAAAAUACAGCUAGAUGGCCAAUUUUGAUAAAAGAACCAUCUAUGAGAGGUAUUGAUAAUAAAUCUCUCUACUUAAUCGGUGUUUACAAUGAUGGUUGUGCAAAAUACGAAGAAGCUUACAAAUACUACUACUUAAGUGCAACAAAAGGCUUCGUAACAGCUAUUACAACAGUUGCUGACAUACUUUUAUCAGAUUACAAUAACUACGACGUUAAAAAAGAUGUAGAUGCAGCAUUAAAAUUACUUAGAACAAUUAAACCAGCAGAUCGAACCACAGAAGUUACUCAAACACUUACUACGGCAUAUGUAAACCAAAAUAAGAAGGAGGAAGCUGUUAAAGUGAUGAAAGAACACUUAUCUGCAAAAGAAGACUUAAUUGUCAGGUUUGACCUGGCCAAACUACUUUCUCCUAUCGCCGGCGGAAUUGGUCCAGCAAUAGAAGCUGUCGAAUCCCUUGAAAUCCUUGUAAAAGCAGGAAAUCCGGAAGCAAUGCAGUUAUUAGCCCAACAUCUCUACAAAGGAAUAGGAACUGUCGAGUGCCACCAAAGAGCAUUGGAAUUGGAUGCACAAGCAUGCGAAAUUAACCCAAAUCUUAAAAGGAUUUACGGAAAUAACGGAAUUUAUCAAAAUAUCGCAAUUGCAUCAGCAACUACCUUCGCAUUUGCUGGGGCUAUAUAUUAUAUCUGGAAUAUGAGAAAUAGACAUUAA